AUGGGUCCAUCUGGCGAAGAAAGCUACAGAAGCCCUCAACCUCAAGGUAAUUUAGUAAAGGUGUUUCCUAUAGAACAAGGGAUAGGAUCGAGAGCAAAAACAGCAUCAGGUCAGUUUAGAUUUGAGAAGGCACCACUUGCAAGCCAUUUCCUAAUCACCAAGGCACCAACGAAUACCAACCAUUCCCAUAACAGGACAUCUGCAUCUGUGUUCUGGCGUACGUCUUAA